AUGGGAGUGGACAAUGCUGUCAUGCGCGCUGUGAGGGAGUACGAGCGAGCUGCGCAGAGGAUGAAGGGCAGAGACCCCACCCCGGCAGAGGCAGCAGCGCUGCAGCGGGCAAUGGAUGGGGUGGAGGCCAUGGGGGCAUGGGACGUGGUGGCAGAGGCAGAGAAGCUGCUGGAGAUCCUUGGGCUGGGGGACGCUGCUUUGAGCAACGGUGGUGGUGGUGGUGGGGGGGGGAUUAUGGAGCGGCAAGUUUCGUCGCUUAGUGGCGGGCAGAGGAAGCGGGUGGCUCUGGCUGCGACGCUGCUGGCAAAACCAGAGCUAAUCAUUCUCGAUGAGCCCACCAACCACAUGGACGUGGCAGUCAUUGAUUGGAUGCAGUCCGCCCUCUCCGACCCCUCUCUCACCGUCGUUCUCGUCUCACACGACCGAUACUUUCUCGAGAGAAACCCACUUCCCCUUCUCCCGUCCCCUCCUCAGGAGCCCACCAACCACAUGGACGUGGCAGUCAUUGAUUGGAUGCAGUCCGCCCUCUCCGACCCCUCUCUCACCGUCGUUCUCGUCUCACACGACCGAUACUUUCUCGAGAGAAACCCACUUCCCCUUCUCCCGUCCCCUCCUCAGGAGCCCACCAACCACAUGGACGUGGCAGUCAUUGAUUGGAUGCAAUCGGCCCUCUCCGACCCCUCUCUCACCGUCGUUCUCGUCUCACACGACCGAUACUUUCUCGAGAGAAACCCACUUCCCCUUCUCCCGUCCCCUCCUCAGGAGCCCACCAACCACAUGGACGUGGCAGUCAUUGAUUGGAUGCAGUCCGCCCUCUCCGACCCCUCUCUCACCGUCGUUCUCGUCUCACACGACCGAUACUUUCUCGAGAGAAACCCACUUCCCCUUCUCCCGUCCCCUCCUCAGGAGCCCACCAACCACAUGGACGUGGCAGUCAUUGAUUGGAUGCAGUCCGCCCUCUCCGACCCCUCUCUCACCGUCGUUCUCGUCUCACACGACCGAUACUUUCUCGAGAGAAACCCACUUCCCCUUCUCCCGUCCCCUCCUCAGGAGCCCACCAACCACAUGGACGUGGCAGUCAUUGAUUGGAUGCAGUCCGCCCUCUCCGACCCCUCUCUCACCGUCGUUCUCGUCUCACACGACCGAUACUUUCUCGAGAGAAACCCACUUCCCCUUCUCCCGUCCCCUCCUCAGGAGCCCACCAACCACAUGGACGUGGCAGUCAUUGAUUGGAUGCAAUCGGCCCUCUCCGACCCCUCUCUCACCGUCGUUCUCGUCUCACACGACCGAUACUUUCUCGAGAGAAACCCACUUCCCCUUCUCCCGUCCCCUCCUCAGGAGCCCACCAACCACAUGGACGUGGCAGUCAUUGAUUGGAUGCAGUCCGCCCUCUCCGACCCCUCUCUCACCGUCGUUCUCGUCUCACACGACCGAUACUUUCUCGAGAGAAACCCACUUCCCCUUCUCCCGUCCCCUCCUCAGGAGCCCACCAACCACAUGGACGUGGCAGUCAUUGAUUGGAUGCAGUCCGCCCUCUCCGACCCCUCUCUCACCGUCGUUCUCGUCUCACACGACCGAUACUUUCUCGAGAGAAACCCACUUCCCCUUCUCCCGUCCCCUCCUCAGGAGCCCACCAACCACAUGGACGUGGCAGUCAUUGAUUGGAUGCAGUCCGCCCUCUCCGACCCCUCUCUCACCGUCGUUCUCGUCUCACACGACCGAUACUUUCUCGAGAGAAACCCACUUCCCCUUCUCCCGUCCCCUCCUCAGGAGCCCACCAACCACAUGGACGUGGCAGUCAUUGAUUGGAUGCAGUCCGCCCUCUCCGACCCCUCUCUCACCGUCGUUCUCGUCUCACACGACCGAUACUUUCUCGAGAGAAACCCACUUCCCCUUCUCCCGUCCCCUCCUCAGGAGCCCACCAACCACAUGGACGUGGCAGUCAUUGAUUGGAUGCAGUCCGCCCUCUCCGACCCCUCUCUCACCGUCGUUCUCGUCUCACACGACCGAUACUUUCUCGAGAGAAACCCACUUCCCCUUCUCCCGUCCCCUCCUCAGGAGCCCACCAACCACAUGGACGUGGCAGUCAUUGAUUGGAUGCAAUCGGCCCUCUCCGACCCCUCUCUCACCGUCGUUCUCGUCUCACACGACCGAUACUUUCUCGAGAGAAACCCACUUCCCCUUCUCCCGUCCCCUCCUCAGGAGCCCACCAACCACAUGGACGUGGCAGUCAUUGAUUGGAUGCAGUCCGCCCUCUCCGACCCCUCUCUCACCGUCGUUCUCGUCUCACACGACCGAUACUUUCUCGAGAGAAACCCACUUCCCCUUCUCCCGUCCCCUCCUCAGGAGCCCACCAACCACAUGGACGUGGCAGUCAUUGAUUGGAUGCAGUCCGCCCUCUCCGACCCCUCUCUCACCGUCGUUCUCGUCUCACACGACCGAUACUUUCUCGAGAGAAACCCACUUCCCCUUCUCCCGUCCCCUCCUCAGGAGCCCACCAACCACAUGGACGUGGCAGUCAUUGAUUGGAUGCAGUCCGCCCUCUCCGACCCCUCUCUCACCGUCGUUCUCGUCUCACACGACCGAUACUUUCUCGAGAGAAACCCACUUCCCCUUCUCCCGUCCCCUCCUCAGGAGCCCACCAACCACAUGGACGUGGCAGUCAUUGAUUGGAUGCAAUCGGCCCUCUCCGACCCCUCUCUAACCGUCGUUCUCGUCUCACACGACCGAUACUUUCUCGAGAGAAACCCACUUCCCCUUCUCCCGUCCCCUCCUCAGGAGCCCACCAACCACAUGGACGUGGCAGUCAUUGAUUGGAUGCAGUCCGCCCUCUCCGACCCCUCUCUCACCGUCGUUCUCGUCUCACACGACCGAUACUUUCUCGAGAGAAACCCACUUCCCCUUCUCCCGUCCCCUCCUCAGGAGCCCACCAACCACAUGGACGUGGCAGUCAUUGAUUGGAUGCAGUCCGCCCUCUCCGACCCCUCUCUCACCGUCGUUCUCGUCUCACACGACCGAUACUUUCUCGAGAGAAACCCACUUCCCCUUCUCCCGUCCCCUCCUCAGGAGCCCACCAACCACAUGGACGUGGCAGUCAUUGAUUGGAUGCAAUCGGCCCUCUCCGACCCCUCUCUAACCGCCGUUCUCGUCUCACACGACCGAUACUUUCUCGAGAGAAACCCACUUCCCCUUCUCCCGUCCCCUCCUCAGGAGCCCACCAACCACAUGGACGUGGCAGUCAUUGAUUGGAUGCAGUCCGCCCUCUCCGACCCCUCUCUAACCGUUGUCCUCGUAUCCCACGACCGAUACUUUCUAGACGCCGUCUGCACGCAAAUGCUCGAGAUAGACCGUGGGUACUCCUUUCGCCAUUCGGGCAACUACUCAAACUUUUUGGCUGCCCGGGCGAAGCGGGCAGCCGAAGAAGCCGCCGCGAUCGGCCGGGCAGCGAACACGCUGCGGCGGGAGGGGGAAUGGAUGCGGCGAAUGCCGAAAGCUAGAUCGACUAAGUCCCGGUCUAGAAUCGACCGGUUUUUGGCGCUUACUAAAGCGACGGCGGAGAAGAGGCAAAGGCAGCAGCAGGCGGCGGUGGGGAGUGUGGUGGAGAUGGGUAUGGGGGAGGCACGGCUGGGUGGGAAAGUGCUGGAGCUGAGGGAUGCGACGGCGAUGCGAGGAGAGAACACUGUGUUUGAAGGGUUCACGUACGAGUUUGGUCGUGGGGAUCGGCUGGGUGUGGUUGGGCGAAACGGGGCAGGGAAAACCACCUUCUUAGACGCAUUGGCUGGCCUCCUGCCUCUCCCCUCAGGCACAAGGGAGGUGGGGGAGACGGUGGUGAUGGGCUAUUACACACAGCACAUGCCCCCUGUGCCUGACAACAUGCGAGUACUUGACUUUGUUCAAAACUUCAACCCCACUGCUGCUGUUCUCGGCUCCUGGGGUUCCAUCCCUGCUGCUGCUGCCACUGCUGCUGCUGGUGCUGCUGCUGCUGCUGCUGGUGCUGGUGCUGGUUCGGCCGAGCCUGUUUCUGCUUCGGAGCUUCUGGAGCGGUUUGGGUUUCCGCGGGCGAAGCAAUACGCCUGGGCAUCCAAGUUGAGUGGAGGGGAGAAGCGACGGCUGCUGCUGGCGGCAGUGCUGGCGCAGAGACCCAAUUUCCUCAUGCUGGACGAACCCACCAACGACCUGGAUCUACAAACCAUUGAGGCUCUCGAGUCAUUCCUCUCGGCAUACGAGGGCUGUCUGCUCGUUGCCUCUCACGACCGUGCAUUCAUGGAUGCGGUGGUCGACCGCCAGUUUGUGCUGCAAGGGGACGGACAGGUGUUGCUCUAUGACGGGCUGUUCUCAGAAUACCUUGCUGACGCGCGGGAGCAAAAGGCGGAGAAGGAAAAGGAGGAGAAGGAGAGGGUUGCAGAGGAGGACAGGAGGAAAGAGGCUGAGGCUAAGAGUGUGGUUGAAGUGGAGAGGAAGCGGGAGGAGGGAGCGGGUUCGGGUGGGAAUAAGACGAAAGGAAAGUCGGCUCGAAAAAUGUCGUAUUUGGAGAGGAAGGAGUGGGAGCGGUUGGAGCAGGAGAUAGAGAAGUUGGAGAAGAAAAAAGUGGUUGUUGAGGCACAGCUUGAGGAGAAGAGCAAGGCGGGAGAUUUUGCGAUGCUGCAAGGAUUGUCCGAUGAGCUUGCUGCGCUGGGGCAGGCUAUAGAGGUGAAGUCAGAUAGGUGGCUUGAGUUGGCAGAGCUAGCUGAGUAG